AUGGGGGCAGCGGGAAAGAAGGCGCGGCCGGAGGGGCAUGAACGGGGGGUGACGCCUCGGGUGGAGGAUGGGUGUACGGAGGAGGCAGAGGAACAGCUGCGGGCGGGGGCUCCCACGCCGAGCACGGCAGAGACGAUGCCGACUGAGACAGCGAGGGAGGAAGCCGCAGCGGCUGGGAUCACGCGGCAAGAGCGGAUUGCUGGAGGAGCGGACCGACCACCUGUCGCUGGACAGCAGGUGAGCGCCGAGGAGGGCGGCAGGUACGGAACGACCCUCCGCGCGCGCGAAGGUUUGGGUGGGUCCGCCCACGAGGAGAUCGAUAAAUCGGAUCCCGGGGGUGCGAGGGGACGGUGCCUUCCUCGCUCGCAACCAGGGCAGCGGCAGCUCGGAGUAGGAUUGGCGCCAGCGCGCCCGGGGCCUCUGGCGGGGUGGGAGCGUCAGGACGACCCGUCGCACGAUGCUGCAGGGGGGGACGACGGCGCUUGCCCGUCAUCGUCAAGACGCCAAGAACCACGAACUGAAAUAACCGACGUACUGCGACCCCAAAUCUCAGACGACGAUCACGACGAGGAGGAGGCGAGGGCGGCGGUAACGGCAGAGCGAAGGCAGCGUGCGGGGAUGAUGCGGAAGAGAACCUUGCAAGAGCAGGCAGAGCGCAGGGCAAUGACGUCGCAAGCGCAAGACACGGCAGGCAGAACGGAGGAGCAAGGUGGGGAUGUGGACAGGGACGAGGGAGGGACACGGGGGGGGUGGACGGGACUGGACAGGUGGGCGAAUCAUAAGGCAAGCCGGCAAAUGGGGCUGCCAGCAAAGAGCGGUCACCAGCUAAAAUCAUGGAAGAUGGUGACGCGUGGAAGCGGGUAA